AUGUCGAACUCGACGCUCCUCGCGCCCUUCGCGGGCUCGGACUGGCGUCUUGUGGGGUGGUGGACUCCCCUCCUCAUGGUAGGGAUAUGGUUCCUCGUGCGCCUCGUCACCCCGCCCCACAGUCCGCACAACACGUCCGAAGUACGUGCCCUUCCCGGCCCCUCGCGACCAUGGUUCGGCUGGCUUCUAGGCAACAUGGCACAGCUCGCCGACCACCGCGAGACUCUCAUCCAUCCCGACUGGUUCCAGUGGGGCUGGACGGGGAUGUAUGAGAGCCUGUUCGCCCAGAAACGGAUCUACACGUUCGACCCAGCCGCUGUGGUGUACAUCUUCGCCCAUCCUGAUGAAUUUGAGCGACCGCGCGACCUGCGUACUAUCCUGGGCCAUAUUAUGGGCUCCGACAGCUUAGUCGUUAAUGAGGGAGAGAAACAUCGGCGUAUGCGCCGCGCCUUGAACCCCGCGUUUUCGGCCGGCGCAAUCAAGGACAUGCUUCCCGCCAUCUACGAGAAGGCUGGAGAGCUCGUCGGUCUGUUUGAACGGCUCAUUGAUGACGAUGGUUUGGAAGGAUAUGCAGCGCACCCCCCAGCGCCAGAGGACAGGGUGCGCGGAGCUCGCAAGAUCGACGUCUUCAAGUUUGCGGGGAAUCUCACGACUGACGUGAUUGGCGUCGCGGGUUUCGAACAUGAUUUCAACUCACUCUCUCCAGAGGACGACAGCCCAGAACUCCUCGCCAACCGGUUCAACCGCCUCGUCGAUGCUGCUAACGGGAUGGUGUUGCUUACCGAGGCGCAGAACAUCCUGCCUGUCCUGGACAAGAUUCCGACGCAGAGCAGGCGCGUCAUCGGCGAGGUGCGCGGUCAGAUGGAGCGGCUCUCAGAUGUCGGCACCGAUGCGGGCGCCAAGGACCUCCUCUCGCUCCUUGUGAAGGGGAACACCGCCACCAAGGGCGACCAACACCUCAGCAACGACGAAGUGCGCGCGCAGAUGGCCUCACUCCUCUUUGCGGGGAGUACGACAACCGCCGCAACGAUCAGCUUCAUUCUCUUCGAGCUUGCAAAGUUGCCAGAAUGGCAGGAGAAGCUGCGCGCCGAAGUCUUGGCGAGCGACGAGUGCCCGCCCUUCGAAGUAAUCAACGCCCUGCCUCUCCUUGACGCGGUGAUCCGCGAGACCCUCCGCCUCCACCCGCCAGCGAGCUGCACGUGCCGCGCCGCGACCAAGGACAUGGUACUCCCCCUGUCCAAGUCCAUUCCGCUCAAGGACGGGCGCGUGAUCGACGCGCUCCCGGUGCGCAAGGGCUCAUACUUCUUCAUCUCCAUGGUGUGUCUCAACCGCCUCAAGGAGAUCUGGGGCGAUGACGCAGAGGACUUUAACCCCGCACGCCACGCCGACCCCGCGCUGCCCCGCAUGCAAGUGCCGGGCGUGUGGGGCAACGUUUCGUCGUUCAUUUCCGGGCCGCACGCGUGUAUUGGAUACCGCCUCGCCAUCCUCGAGAUCAAGGUCGUCUUAUAUACGCUCCUGCGCUCUUUCGAGUUCGACCUCCUGCCGUCCAAACCCGACAUCCAGCACUUCUCCAGUCUGGCGACACAGCCGCAAGUUAAGGGCGAGCUUGGCGGCCAGAUGCCCUUGCUUGUCCGCAAACUCCGCGGCACCGAGUAA